GAUUGGUUCAAUUACUUAAUCCUCCGUAGGGGAAAUCCACUGCAAUUUAAUACGUUCAACUUUUUCACCACCGCGCAAGAUAAGCUUUUUAUUUCUGGUUUUUUAAGGAAUUUCCUUAAUCCAAACGGAUGUUAUUAAUCUUUUGAAAUUGAAGAAGUACUGGUAAAACAGAUUUAAAUCUGGAGACAAUUUACAUGAUGGCACCUCCCUCGAAUGAUAGAAAUAAGAAGACAAAUAAGAAGAAGACAUUUUUAUCCAGACACGUUGAAUAAGUCGUUUACAUUGUAAACAGAGUGUUCCUCGUUUCACUGAACAAACACAGUGAGCCUUAACCAAGUUAAAACAAAUCUCGUUAAUAAUUCAUGAACCAUGGCACGACGAUUAUUUAAAUAAAUACGGAAUUGGAUUCCAGGCUGAAAAUAUCCAUUUAUUCUUGAAGGGAUCUAUCCUACAAUUGGGAAAUAUAAUCUUGCCAAGAAUCCCAAGCCGUUCCAUGAGAGUGCGUCGACCCCCAGCGCGGCACCAGCCCUCCCCAUAACCAUCCCCUGGUCGAGGGAUCCAUCCGUCCAUACCGCGGAGUGGGAAGAGAAGGGAAGAAUAGAAGAAGAAGGCGGAGGGUGGCUGGCGUGCCAAGAAGAUGCGACUGUUCGCGUGGCCUGGCAGCGUGACUCGCGGUGGACUCAUAAACGAUGAAUUGGCGGGCAGCGAUGUUGUUGGCUCGGCCGAGAGACGCGGGAGAAGCAGCGGAGGAGGCAGCAGCAGCAGCAGCAGCAGCCAGGGCAGCCAGGGAAUCGGUAGAUCGGGCGCGCGAUCGGGCGAGCACCGCGGGGAAACCAUCCGCUUGGCAUGUACGUCAUCUAUCCGGCAGACGAGUUGCUGCGUAUCUAUGAGUGCCCGGAACCCCGUGAUGAGCCCCCGUGUUCCACUGUUCGUACGCCACUGUUGACCGUUGACGGUGGGGAACGGCGUAGCGGUUGUCAAGCGGCCGUGAUCGCUGUGAACGCGGCCGAGAGCGCGGGUAAGCAGCGCCACGAGGGCGACGCGAGGAAGGGGAGGAGGCGCGACGGGCGCACGACGCGAAGGGCGAGAAGGGCGAGCAAGGGUAUCCGCGGCGAGCAACGCGUCACCGCACGGACAAUGCAAAACAGCCGCGCUGCCGCCGCCGAGGAUCCCGGCAAUCCUCUCAAGGAUCUCACCCAGCCGGGGCUCAAUGAGCCGCUCAAGCAGCACAAUGCGGCCACCCUUAAGCUGGUGCAGACCGUAUCAGAGUUCGCUCAAGAGUUGGGCGCUGCAAUGGAGAGCCAUUCGGCGAACGUACGACGGCUGGUCGACGAAUUUCGUAGCCGAUCCGGGGAGACCAGAGUCGAUUCGGGAGGAAUGCGCCGAGUUUGGGAAAGUUUACUGCGCCAGGUACAAUCGGAUGCAGAAGCUCACUUAGAUUUGGCUGCGGUCCUCCAACAGCAGCUGUCCAGACCCACCUUGGAAGCCAGCUUUCAUCGUAAAGUCCAGUCUAAAAAGGUAUUUUCUCAUAGAGAAGCUUAUGAACAGGUGGUUUCCAAGGCCGAGGAGAAAUUGCAGCGUGCCCGAGCGGAUUACAAACGCGCUUACGCAGCGCUGCUGACGGUAGAUGGCGGAAGCGAGCAGGAGCUGAAACGCGCCUACUACGAGGCGCAUAACGCGUACAUUCUUCAAUUGAGAGCCACGAAUGCCAUCACAGAACGGUAUCAAUCGCAAUGCCUGCCCGGCCUGCUUGGCGAAAUAGCGGAAGUUUACGAGGAGUUAUGCGGAUUGGCUUGCAAAUGCAUGGUUGGCAUAUCGGAGGCUGCCGCGGAGCGGGCCAGGGAGCAGACAAAGCGUUAUCAGGCAGUUGCCAAAGAGGCUCAAGUUGUUGUGCCUAUGAACGAUUUGCAAAUCUUGGCACGAAACUUAUCAGCAACUGCAACCCCGUCCAAGAAACCCUCGAGGCGGCUUUUCGUGGCACCCGGCCCUCCUGAACAGGUUUCUAUGGAAAGAAUCAAUCAGAUACCUUCCCUGAGGGACGAGUUAGCCCCAACAGGAACAAGCACUCUGCCACUGAUGGAAGAUUUACGACGGGAAUACGAUAGUCUUACUCAAGAGAUCACUCGACUCCAGGACGCUUUGGAUGCGCUAAUUCGCAUGCAACGAAAGAGCGCUGAAAGCAAUCUGUACACGAAAGUGGCCGAGUUGCAAGAGGACAUCUCCAUGAAGCGUUUUGCACUCGGGGAGACGCAACUAUACCUUGCAGCUGUGCAAGCACAGAAAGAGCUGUUCGGGGCUGGGGAAGCCGGCCAACCGGAUGGGGUGAGCAGCCGGAAGAUGUCGAAUGGCUCUACCGGAAGCACCAAGCACAAAUGGUUGAAAGCAUUCAAGAGCUUGAAGACCAGCUCCCCGACGACUCCUCCAUCAGCUGACAAAGGGAAACAGGCGAUGUACCAUGCAGUUUCUACAGUCGUCGCCAUGUCCAGGAAAAGUUUGGAGUCGGAGGGUGGGCAUUCUUGGCGCGAGUACACGUAUCGAAAGAUAACUCCCUGCGAUGCCUGCGGCCAAGUGUUGCGGGGUCACAGCCGCCAAGGCGUCAGGUGUCGUGGUUGCAAGGCGAACGCUCACACCGACUGCAUCAACCUGGUGCAGCCGGCUAUGUGCCCGAGCGUUGCGCCCAAGAAGAGUGGCGGAAUCCCUCUUUUACGCCGGCAAAAGACCCAGGCACAGGUCGAUGAAACCGCAACUUCUGAAUACAACGUGGACGCCAUAUACCAGGUGCUGAAGCAGGCAGGCGAGAUCCGUGGAAACUCGACAAACUCACCACCUACGCCUCCCACAGCAGAUCAUCCUCCGGCACCUUCGUCAGCGAGGGCCUCCUCCCACCCUUGUUCCUCGUCCACCUCUGCGCCGCAUAGUCCACAACGUAGACGCGAGAGGCUGAAUCUAAGAAUGAAGAGUCUCAGCUUGGAUUCCCCGGAGGGUACUGCACACGUUCGACAUCGUCCACGAGAUUAUUAUGUCGGUGGACAAAGGGAAUCGACGCCACCCAGGCAUUCGGACAGUGGAAGCAUCAAUAGAUUAUCGCCAUGCAGUCCAGGCCAGAGCCACAACGUUCAUAAACACAUCAGAGGAGCCAUCAGAAUGUCCAGUAUGGAGCUGCCCGAUGAAAACGAGAAAUCUUAUUCGUCCGCAAGCACCUCACCCUGCCCCUCACCUCACACCAAUAAUCAAAAUCAUAUGAAUCCACCCGGGAAACGCGUAUUACCUCCCAACAAUCUCUACGUGGUGCUUUAUAACUUCGAGGCGCGACAUCGAGAUGAAUUAGAUUUAAAAGCUGGUUACAAAGUGACGGUAAUCGACAAAUCGGAGAAGGAUUGGUGGAAGGGAAAGUGUUUGGGCGGCCGAGUGGGUUACUUUCCCAGCGCGUACGUCAUGCGUGUGGAAUCCGGACAGAAAACACUUCAGGUUACCCGUAACUUGCAAUUGACCGACCAAAUAACCCUACUUCGCGAUCAGAUCGUGAUUCAGGUUGGCGAGGAGGUAGAUGGCGUGGCGAUGGUUCGCUGCGCGGCAGACGUGAGAUCAGCGGACCACACGGGCAAGGAGGGGGAGGUGUUGUACAAGGAAACUCUGUGCCCGUUGAAAUAUCUGCAGGAGGUGUGACAGCAACCUCGCCAGCCAAGCGAGCGACAGAAUCGCGCAAAUCUUCGUGAGAGAUUCUCGGCUUCGGCGCGACGUAACGCGGUUGAAAAGUACUACGAUUGCCUGCAAUGUGCCGAGCAGUGCCGCCACGUGACCGCUGUUGUCGUCAACAACAACAACAAUCCCGGCAUGACCGCGAACAAUAACAAUAAUUUGAAGCUGGUCAAGGCCGCGAAGGGGAACAAUCUGAUUCUGAAGGAGAACUAUAGAGCGGCGAAUAACACCAUAAACUCGUCAUCGUUGAAGGAGAAUGCGAAAAUUUUGGCACGUCUGGACGAGGGAAGAGUUUCGAAGAAUGCCAAGAGUGGUGGUAACAAUCUAGUGGCAGUGAGACCAACCGUGAAAAACCAACCGUUACCUCUAACCCCGGCCAAAAAGAGAUCGUCCCUGGCUCGUCCGGUUCGUGUCCACGAUUCCUUCGCUCAGCCGAGAAAGUUGUUGCCUAUGAAUUA